AGAGCCAAAGAUGUCAGCUCGGUCAUGUGAUCAGCUGUGUCUAAUCACAGCUGCUCGCAUGGCACUGAUGAUCAGUGUAGCCCCAGAAGUGCCACCUGUCAGUGCCCAUCAAUGCCAGCUGUCAGUGCUCAUCCAUGCCACCUGCCAUUGCACAUCAGUGCGUCAUCAAUGCCACAUAUCAGUGCCUACCAGUGCACAUCAAUGUCACCUAUCAGUGCCCAUCUGAGCUGCCUUCAGUGUCACCUAUCAGUGCCAGUCAGUGCCACCUAUCAAUGCUGCCAAUCAGUGCCACCUAUCAGUGCCAGUCAGUGCCGCCAAUCAGUUCGCAUCAGUGCCGCCUGUCAGUGCCCGUCAGUGCUGCCUAUCAGUGCCGCCUAUCAGUGCCAAUCAGUGCCACCUAUCAGUGCCGCCUGUCAGUACCAUAUAUGAGUG